AUGGACGAAAUUUCCACGGAUAUGCCGGACGUUGUCAAAUAUGUCAAUGCAAUCAUUUUUUGUGCUUCAAUUAUCAUGUUUUUGAUUGUGUUUCCAUUUUAUGUGUACGUGUUUAAAAUGAAUCGGAAACAGGAUCAAGAGACGUUACUGUUUCCAGCAGUCAAUCAUUUCUAUCAAAUGACAAGAAACGUUUUUUUCCUCUGCAUAGCUAUGAUAUUUUUUGCGUGUCUUAGUCUACUUGAAAGAUUUUCCGGACUUUUCAAGUUGCUACCUCUAAUUUUAAUGUACAUCAUUUACAUAAUCACCCAGAUUUUUUCUUUUUUGACAUUUCUCCUAUCCUUUCAAAGAUUCAUACUCUAUUUCAUCAGUUCAAGCGAACCCUAUAUAGUCCAAAUACAGAAGCAGGCACCAAAAUACAUAUGGGCUUUGUAUCUUGUGUUUAUUAUCAAAGACAUUUUUAUUUUUGUUUUCAUUUUUGUUGAUGCAAAAGAAGAGAGCAAUGGAUUCAAAACUAUUUACAUUGUAAUAUUCUUCACUUUCAAUAUUUUUUCUAUACUAUCGGCAAUAUUACAUGUCCCAAUGUACUUCUCCGUCAGAAAGUUGUCCAAUUUAGUGUCAGUCAAACGUAGUACACCUCAAAGGUUUAUACUCUGGCAGGCAAUCACUGUUUUAAUUUUUAAAUUUAUGUUCAUAGUUUUGGUUCUCACUUGUUUGUGGGGUUCACUCGAUGUAAUGAUUAUGUUGGUCUCGACGACGGGGCUUGAUAUAUUCUCAACACCAUUGAUAGUUGAAUUGUCUUAUAUUGGAUGCAACAAACGGAACAUGAAAACUUUGUUCACAGGGUUCAGUUUUAGAAAAUUUAUAAGAGUGUUAUUCGAUAUUGAAGAAAACGUUCAUGUUGAACAAAGGUUUUAA